AUGCCGUCAAGCCCGCCCCUUCGAUGGGGAGCCCUCCUCUCGGUCGCAACAGCCAUAGUAUUCGCCUUUGUGCUGAACGCUCACCAGGGCCCCUCGGGACCCGGGUCCGGCGACGCCGCUGUCUACUGCUACGCGGGAGUCAGGACGCUCGACCGCAACCGGCCUGCCGCCAACUGCUUCUCCGUCGCCAACGGCGUCUUCACGCGAGUGUGGAGGGAUGCGGCCAUCGCACACGACGACGCCAGGUCCAGCGACGCCAGGUCCAACGACGGAGAGCAUCCCACGCAGCACGACGGCCAUGUCAUUCCCGGCCUGUGGGACGGCCACGGGCAUUUGAUGGCCUGGGGCGAGUUUCUGCACUCGGUGGACCUGUUUGACGCCCAGGACUUGAGCGAGGUCAGGAAGCGACUUGCAUCGUACCUGAAGGACAACCCGGAUGCCGGCAAGAAGGACAAUUGGCUGCGCGGAGCAGGCUGGGAUCAGGACCUGUACGGACGCAUGCCCACGGCUGGAGACUUGGAGCUAGACCCGGCCCUCAAGGGCGCCCACGUCAUGCUCGAUCGCAACGACGGCCACUGCAUCUGGGUCUCCAAAGCCGUUCUCGACAUGCUGCCCGGCAACAUGACCGACGUGCCCGGCGGCCAAAUCAUCCGGGACCCCGGCCCCGGCGUCUUCUGCGACGCCGCCAUGGGCCCCGUCACGGACCUUUGGCCCCCGGCCACGAAAAAGACCAGGACGACCUUUGUCCGCGACGCAAUGAGGGACCUGAACCGCGUCGGCCUGGUCGGGGUCCACGAUGCCAGCACCCCGCCCGCCGAGGUCCAGCUGUACAGCGAGCUAGCCGACACGGACGACUGGACGGUCCGCGUCUACGGCAUGCUCGAGUGCAGCGAUCAAAACCAGUACUGCCCCGGCAGCGCGACCAAGAUCGCGAGGGACGACGGGCGGUUCUGGGUCCAAAGCGUCAAGCUGUUUGCGGACGGCGCCCUCGGCUCCUGGGGCUCUGCCCUGCUCGAGCCCUACGCCGACCGCAAAGACAAGACCGGCACCCUGCUCAUCAACGCCACCGCCCUGACCGACCUCGCCAAGCUCUGGGCCCAGGCCGGCUUCCAGGUCAACGUGCACGCCAUCGGAGACCGCGCCAACCGCCAAGUCGUCGACGCCUUCGUCGCCGCCCUCCGGCACGUCUGCCCCGGCGCGACCACCGACCGCGGCCUGCGCGCCUGCCAGGCCCGCCGCCGCUUCCGCAUCGAGCACGCCCAGAUCGUCCACCCGGACGACCAGGCCCGCAUGCACCGCGUCGGCCUCAUCCCCUCCCUCCAGCCCACCCACGCCACCGACGACAUGAGGUUCGCCCUGGCCAGGCUCGGCGCCCGGCGCACCCGCCACUCGGCCUACCGCAUGCGCUCCUACCUCGACCUCCUGCCCAUCCUGGGCAGCGACUUCCCCGUCGAGCCGCCCAACCCCCUGCACGGCAUCUACGCCGCCGUCACCAGGAAGAGCCCCCGCACGGGGCUGGGCCUCGCAAACUCCACCCUGGGCUGGCACGCCGACGAGGCCCUGACCCUCGACCAGGCCGUGUGGGGCUUCACCGGCGCCCCCGCCCGCGGCGCCUUCCUGGAGCACCGGGCCGGCGUCAUCAAGCCCGGCGCGUUUGCCGACUGGCUCGUGCUGGACGAGCCGCUGGAGCGCGUGGACAUUGAGGACCUGCGGACUCUGACGGUGCGCGAGACGUGGGUCGCUGGCAAGAGAGUCUACAGCAGGCGGCGCCAGGAGGAGGAGGAGGAGAAGAGGAAGAAGGCUGCGCGGCAGCCUUGA